GGGCCACAAACAUCUUUGUUAAGACACCUCAGCUAACUUUCUAGCUCUGAAAAUGGGCGGGAAGUUCAUGCUGAACGGUGAUUGGCUGAUCGACUGGCCGGGGGAAGUGGAGGCAGGAGGAACUUCCUUCACCUACAGCAGAGCUGAAGAUGACUCCGAGACCUUGUCUACGCUGGGACCAACCACAGACAACCUCACAUUAAUGGUGUUGCUGAGGGAACACAACCCUGGGAUCCACUAUGAGUACUGGACCCCGAACACUGAGAUCACACUACCACCAGGACCACACCUCUACUCCUAGUCUCGCUACCCCAGGAUGUCUCCAAUACUACCAGUACUACCACCACUACAACCACCACUAUAACCACCACUACCACAUCUCCCACAACCCCCAGCACCUAUUCUAGCAACCUGAUAACCACAACUACAACAACAACGCCCCGACCAGCGGUACUAACAAGUGUCAAUAAAACGAAGAUACAUCGGCCACUUCCACCGCCUCGCCGAUCAGACAACGAAGUGCACAUAACAUCACCGAUGCGCAAGCCAAAGAAACCGAUCAAGAUUAAAGACGGGAAGAGACACAAAGGGGAGAAGCAGAAGGGGAAGCGGGGCCAGAAAGGAAAGGGGAGAAAAGACAAGAUAGCCAAGAAGAAGCGAGGGAAGAAGGGAAAAGUUGGUAAAAAGGAACCAGAGGUGCCAGCUGUGUGUGCCCCGUGUGAGAAACCAAGACAACAGACCAAGCAAAUGUUUUGCACUAGCGACUUCGUGUCGCGUGUGGAGGUGCUGGGCAGCGAGACGGUGGGCGGGGAGCGCCGCUACGAGGUAUUGGUUCAUCAGUCUUACAAAAACACAGUGCCUCUGCUACACAAGGAGUUCCUUUGGGUCACCAACCCUUGCCAGUGCCCGCUGCUGCGUCAUGGCCGCUCAUACCUGGUCAUGGGCAUCACGGAGGUCACAAGAGGUCGCGAGGUGCGCCUGGUACUCACCAGAGGCAGCUAUGUGCGCCGCUACAAGCCCCAAAAUUUGGCCAGGAUUCUGCGCAUCAGGCAUAAUGAGAUGCGCUUCUGUAGGCCAUGGAGGAGAGAUCUGAGAUUUGUCCAGCCAGCAGCCCUCAACGAAACUGAUUUGAAUGCAACUUAGCCCCCUCUCACUCCUACCCAUGCCACUAGCUAGUCUACUUCCCUCCGUCUAGGAACAACCACCUAGCCCCUUCUCGUCUGUCUGGAUGACACCUAGCCCAAAAUCACCCGUCUGAGGUGGCACCUCAGAUAUCAGAGCAUAAACAGACCUUCAGGGUAGAUCCUGAUGGCUCCCUUAAAGCCACCGAGCACAUUAGGCUGCUUAGUGAGAGCUAAUGACACCUAGUGUUGAAUUAUUAAGUCACAAGAACAGUCUUGACAUGACCGAGUCACACAGCACCAAACGGCAGGGAGAAAGGUGUAUGCAGGGAGAGGUGAGUACAAAAGAGAAAUAUCAGAGAUGGUGCAAUAAGCCAGUUUCGUCUAACAGAUCGUAGAGAGAAUCAUCGCUAUGCAUGGAAGUGGCCUAGUGAAGAGGCGCUGAGAAUGCCUCACAGUGAUGUGUUACCCUCAUCACUUAGGAGACAACAAAAGUGCUAGACCAAAGAGAAUGAGAUAUAAGU